CUUAAAGCUAAAUACAACAAAGACUCCAGCGAGAGCUCAAGCAGUGCGCAGGUGAAGCCACCGAGCAGCAACAGGCGGCAAAGCGCGUGCAUUUUCCCCGUUGCGUCCAUCGUCGCACCUUGACUCCGCUGCACGCUCCGCCAGUCGAUAACAUGUUUGCGUGCUUCGGGUUUGCCGGCGAGAGCUCGCGCACAGCGCUGAAGCCAUCGCUCAGUACGCAAGCUAACACGAAAUGGUAUACGCGCUCGUGGAACUCAGAGAAGGCGGCAAGGACAGCCCGGGUGGCAGGACUUCCGCAGCCGGUGGGUGAGGGCGCAAUUCAUGCCUCGGCCGGAGCCGUGGACCCCGCCGCCGUUUACCCCCACCUCUCCCAACAGCUAUCAGAGCGGCACUUGAAGAAGGCGCGCAAGGCGGAGAAGGCUCGGGAGCGGCGUGAGGAGAAAGCAGCCUUCCAAGCAAACACCAGCAAUGUGCUGACGGCGCAUCGGAAAUCAGCGGGCGCAUCAGGGUCGUCAUCUGCAGCGGUAGUUUGAGCUGGUUAGUACGAGGGUGGUAUCAGAAGAGGGUUUGGGGGCAUAUGCGAGCGGAUACUGUCGAAGGUUUACACGUUGUGGGACGGUUUGCACAGUCAGCGCAUGCAGCACUGGUGGAGUGUCUUGUGCAAGCCAAUUAUUCUUGCGCAAGCACUCUGGUUGGUAAGGUCAUGUCUUUCCCAAGGUCCUUUCCUAAGCGGAUCAAAUAGGUUCUGGUUCCAUUGAAGGUGUGUGGUACUGCAACCGCUGCGUGUCGGCAGCGACGGUCGCGCUGGCUGAGGUGCUUGGGGCGCGGUUAGGUUAUUGACGUGCGUCGCGGAAUGGGGUGGGCAUGACUCAUACGGCAGCGUUCGUGGAUUGACGGAAACAUGAAUAAUGUGGAAUUGUGACAUUCGGCAUCAUAGUACAUUAGACAAAUAGAUAUGUGGCCUGUGUUCGUGCUUCGGUUGGCGGGGCAUAGACACAACCAGGUGCGAGAUGUUGCGCGGGCUGCGGGCAGCCAGAGGUGCUUGGUGCGUGCUGCACUGCUCAGACAUCGAUAUUGCACUUCUGCCUGUUGUUGUGAUCGUGAGUGAUCGGAACCGCCCUAGCAGCACCGCUGCAUGGCCAAGAGAGAGGAGUGCGGAACCCGCGGGAAUUUGAGACGGCGUGCCCGGCGGCGUGCCGGGGCGUGAUGCUCAUGCCGCGCACACAAGGCUUACAAGUGCGCUCCCCUGUAAGAAAACCUACAU